AUGGUACCUUUGACUGACUCCAAUCACACCGCAACAGAAUGGAGGAAUAUUAGUGGGAAUCAACGGAUGUUUUUCCUGAUUUUCUGGAACUUAUCCGUGCAGGACGCUGGUCUGUACAGGUGUCAGACACAGGCACCUGUAUCUACUUCAGGCCACACUAUUAGUGUGAAUGUGACAGAUGGAACUCGAGAAGAGUCGUCAGAUAUGGCCUGGCUGUGGCCCUAUGUGUACAUCAGCAGUGGGAUUAUAGUGCUGGUCCUCACAGUGAUUGUUGUGGCUCUGCUUCUGCUCCGGUGCCGAGGGUCAAAAGAGCGAAAACAGCGAAAAGAGCAAAUAGCUGAGAAUCAGUUCAGUGUGGCCCACACACCUUCUUUUAGUCCACGGGUACGUAGCACCCUUCAACCUGGCAACACCCACAGUCUUCCACCACAGCUCAGUCCAACAUCAGACCUCAUCUACGGUAACGCUCCAAUCAGAGCCUCAUCUCAGAAAGACCGGCAUUCCAGGGGCCAUCCAGCCAAUCACGCGGCCAAGCCGCGGCGGGGGCACGACCACUUCACUGAGGAGCUGGAGGACGAGGACAAUCCACUGGUGUACGCCUCUCUCAAUCACAAAGUGAUGCCACGCCCACCAGUCAGAGUCACCCUUCCAGAGGAGACCUCUGAAUACGCUGCCAUCCGAGUCUCCUGAGACUUUAAGACUUUUGACUGACUGACUGAGAACAGCUUUAAAUUAAAGUGUAAAGUGUAAAAUGUUUAAGAGCAGCUAGCCAUCUACACCAUAUCAAUUUAUACUCUGUUGUUGUGAAAUGCAAAAGAUUGAGAGAAUGUAUUAUUUUUUUAGAACUUGUAAAUCAAAUGCUUUGUACAUAAUAAUGAUUUUUUUUUAUUAAAAAAAAACAAUUGUGGGAUUUGUUUGAUGUUACUGAAUAA